UGGCCAGGACCGAGUCUCUAAACCUUACGAGGUCCUUUUUUGUGGCAGCCGGAAAUCACCGUGGAAGAGUGCACCCAAUGCAUUGUUACUGUGCUGUCCUACCUUUGUGAAGAGGAUAAUGGGACCUUUUUGGAUUGGUUGGACCAUCGACUUCCAUGGUGAUCCAUCGGUCUGACCUUAACAUUAUCAGCUCAUAAUAGAAGGAGAGUCAAUGAAGCCCCCCAAUAAAUCACUGAAUGUUAUGAAAAUCUUGGUUUUGUUUUUCUCUUGCUUUCGGAGGGUUUUUUUUUUAAUGACUUAUAUUGGGAAGGUUGGGAAUAUUGACUUCAAAGGUGUAUAAAACACAUACAUUUAUUAUCUCACUUACUCACAUAUCUCUCUUAUUCGACCCUUUUUCAGCUGGAAUUGCAGAAAUCCCAAAGUCAUCAUUUCAUAUUUUUUUCAUUUUCAGAAGUCUAUAAGGAUUCCAGUCUUUUAUAAAAGUACUUCUUGUUUUGUCCCUGUCCAAAUAGGUCAGCGGUGCUAUUCCUGCCAUUUUCACAAUCCAUUCUUCCAUGGCGGGUGAUUCAGUAUUUCUCCAUCAUUGUAGAUCUCAUGAGGCAAAUCCACCUAGAUACCUGAAGUGAUGAAGGCCGUUUGCUCCCCAUAAUGAGAAGAGCCAUUUGACACACACAUUUGAACCGGUUGGAAGCAGAAGCUGCAGUCCUGAAGAAGAUGGCAAAGCCAGUUGAUUUCUUCGUUUUCAGCGUUCUGGUGACAGGAUCCAAUCGGGGGAUCGGUCUGGGUCUGGUGAAGAGGUUUCUGGAGCUACCCUCUCCUCCCAAAUGGGUCUUUGCUACAACUCGGGAUAUGGAGGCAGAGAAAAGUAAGGAGCUAAGAGAGCUGGCUUGCAAAUAUCCGAAUCUAGUGGUCUUGCAAUUAGAUGUUACUAAACUUGAAAGCAUCCAGGCCGCUCUGAAAGAAGUGCAGAAGUAUGUUGGAGAAGGUGGGCUGACCAUCCUGUACAACAAUGCUGGCAUUUGGGUCUUCAACGAUCUGCAAACAGAAAAUGCCAAAGAUAUGAUGAGAGUUUAUUCUGUCGAUACCAUUGGUCCACUACAAAUGAGUCAGGCCUUCCUACCCUUGCUGAAGAAGGCAGCCCGGAGAAGCCCAUGUCAAGGGCUGAGUAGCAGCAAGGCGGCUGUUAUCAACAUGUCCAGCACUGCAGGCUCAAUUGAACUUGUGGCUUUUUGGGACCAAUAUCAAUUCAUUGGAUACCGCUGUGCUAAGGCUGCUCUAAACAUGCUCACCAAGUGCCAGUCUCUUGAGUAUCCAGCCGAUGGGAUUAUGAGUGUCGCCAUCCAUCCUGGCUCAGUUAAUACUAAAAAUAAUCCAGAUCCGGAAAUCAGCGUGGAAGAGAGCACGCAAGGCAUCAUGACGGUGCUGUCCAAGCUUUGUGAAGAGGACAACGGGACCUUUUUGGAUUGGUUGGGUCGCCCAGUUCCCUGGUGAUCUAUCGGUCUCACCCUUAAUAGAAUGAGAGGCGAUGGAGCCUCC